CCCUGCCCUGCGGUGUCCUCUGGGAGGCGGGACUGAACGUCCGCCGCAAGAGCUGUCAGCCCUGGCCGAGCUCGGGAUUCCUUCCCUCGGUCGGUGAGUCCCCGCCAGUGGCCUGCUCUCAGAUCCCGUUAAAGGUGAGUAAGUUGAUCCUUUGCCUGUCUCCUGCAAGAGCACUGCUUGUAUGAUGCUUCAGAGGCAUUGUAUUGUCACAAAUUUUAAGAUGCAAAACACUUAACUAUUUUGGAGUUUAAAAUAUGUCAUCAUGGCAAAAUUUCGAAGAAGGACUUGUAUCAUUUUGUUACUAUUUAUUUCAUUUGUCUUCUCCCUGAUGAUGGGCUUAAAGAUGCUGAGGCCAAACACAGCGUCCUUUGGAACUCCUUUUGGACUUGACCUUCUUCCAGAACUUCAUCCACCAAAGCCCUAUUUGGGAAACAAAGCUGACUUCCAAAAGAGUGAUAGAAUCAACAUGGAAACCAAUACCAAGAAUUUACAAGCUGCUGCCAUGACUGUGUGGCCAUCCAAGGCCUCUGAAGUGAACCUGGAAGAACUGCCUCCUCUGAACUAUUUUGUUCAUGUAUUUUAUUACAGUUGGUAUGGAAACCCACAAUUUGAUGGUAAAUAUCUACACUGGAAUCAUCCGGUCUUGGAGCAUUGGGACCCUAGAAUAGCCAAGAAUUAUCCACAAGGGAGACAUACUCCUCCAGAUGACAUCGGCUCCAGUUUUUAUCCUGAGUUAGGAAGUUACAGCUCUAGAGACCCCUCUGUUGUAGAAACUCACAUGAGGCAAAUACGCUCAGCCUCAAUUGGAGUACUGGCCCUGUCUUGGUAUCCACCUGAUUCAAGUGAUAAGAAUGGAGAAGCUACUGAUUACUUGGUACCAACAAUUUUGGAUAAAGCUCACAAAUAUAAUCUGAAGGUCACUUUUCACAUAGAGCCAUAUAGCAAUCGAGAUGAUCAAAACAUGCUUAAAAAUGUCAAGUAUAUUAUAGACAAAUAUGGAAGCCAUCCAGCCUUUUAUAGAUACAAGACAAGGACCGGACAAUCUCUGCCUCUGUUUUAUGUAUAUGAUUCAUAUAUCACAAAGCCUAAAACGUGGGCCAAUCUGUUAACACCCUCAGGAUCUCAGAGUAUUCGCAGUUCUCCUUAUGAUGGAUUGUUUAUUGCACUUCUAGUAGAAGAAAAGCAUAAACAUGAUAUUCUUCAAAGUGGUUUUGAUGGAAUUUACACAUAUUUUGCUACAAAUGGCUUUACAUAUGGCUCAUCACAUCAGAAUUGGGCUAAACUGAAGUCAUUCUGUGAUCAGAACAACUUGAUAUUUAUCCCAAGUGUAGGCCCCGGAUACAUAGACACAAGCAUCCGUCCAUGGAACACUCAGAAUACUAGGAACCGCAUCAAUGGGAAGUACUAUGAAGUUGCUCUAAGUGCUGCCCUCCAGACCCACCCCAAUUUAAUUUCCAUCACCUCUUUCAAUGAGUGGCAUGAAGGAACUCAAAUUGAAAAGGCUGUCCCCAAAAGAACCGCUAACACAGUAUACCUGGAUUACCGGCCUCAUAAGCCAAGUCUUUAUCUAGAACUAACUCAAAAGUGGUCUGAGAAAUACAGUAAGGAAAGAAUGACGUAUGCAUUGGAUCAACAGCUGCCUGCUUCAUAAUGUAUCCAUUAUAGUUUAUUUAUCAAAUAACCUACUGUCAGUACACACUCUGUGCUUCAAGUUAUGGAAAGAAAAAUGUCAAAAUCAAUGUGCACUUGCUACUGUAACCUUCAUCAAUUAUUUCAGAUUUUUACUUUUAAGAUGGUAUUACUUGUCCGACAAUGGAUAAUAACCUUACAGAGAAAAUAUUUGACAAGAAAGACUGUGUCAGUGACAUUUCUAAUGUUCCCAAUAGAUUUCUGAAUUUCUGACUGUAAUUGAAAUUUUAAUGGGAUGGCCUUUUAGGUUUUUGUUGUUUUGUUUUGUUUUUUAGUUUACAGUAAGAAAAUGCUUGUGUUACAUAAAUCAGCCAACAUACAUGUAAGCUGUACUUGUAUUCAAGGUCCAAAGUCAUAGAAGUGUGUGUAUGUGUUGGGCACACCUGGCAACAAAAGUAUAGAGCCAAAGGAAAGUAGGUGGAUGAGCUUCAUUUCUGAACUCUUCAGUGACCCUGAAGUUAGUAUUCAGGUUCUGGCUGUCCUCCCCUAGUGAUCAAAUUCACUUUGCAAGUUUCUUGUGAGCACAACCUUGUAAGUGACAGGGUAUUUUGUUAUAUUGUUAUAUUUUUCUGUUUUAACUCUUAGCCAUGUUCUAUUGAGCAUCCAUUAGUGCCAUCAUUUGAAGCCUCAGGUGCCUGUGUCACUGAAUGCUUUUUCAUGCCUAAUGCCCCUGGUUUGCUCUGCUUAAUUAAAGACUAGAAACAAUAGGAUGGAGUUUAGAAAAUGCUAAUGACUGUUUCUCACCUGUGAGGAAAACCAUUGUUUCUCAGUGGUCAAAAAGUUUGUUGUGAUAGACUAGGAUCAGAUGGAAGGGGAGGAGGACCUCCCCUAUCAGUGGACUGGGGGAGGGGCAUAGGUGGAGAAGAGGGAGGGUAAGGUUGAGAGGAGAUGAGGGAGGGGGCUAAAGUUGGGAUACAAAGUGAAUAAACUGUAAUUAAUAAAAAAGUAAAUAAAUUAAAAAAAAAAACAAGAAAAAAAAGGUUUGUUGUGUUCAGUACUCUGUCUUUAGGGCACCUUGUCAGUCUUUCUAGGUCUUUCUUUUAUUUAUUUAUUUUUUAAUAUCUUAAAAUUAAAUGUUCACCAGAGGCUACUAAACUAAAAAAGGAUAAUGUUAGUACUCAAAUUUUUUAUAAUAUUUUAAUUUAAUUUUACCAUAAUAUAGAAAAUUUACUUAUCAUUUCAAAACUAGAGAUAGACAAUUAUUGUUAAAGUAACACCAUGUUUUUGAGUUAUGUCCUUAUAUGAGUCUUAUACUUUUAUAGUAGCUGUUGGAUUUAAAAAGAAAAUGUUAGUGAUCCAUAGCUGUCAUGUGGUUACAAAUUGGUAACAUACAUGCUAAAAAUAAAUUAUUUUAAAAGUGAGAAUAAAAAAAUCGAGAGAAUUCAAUAUAAUUAUAAUAGAAAAAACAGCUAGUCUGCGUAAUUCUACACAACUGUUAUUUCUUCAUUCUACUGAGAGAAUCAGUUGAGUAAUGCUAAUAAAUAGUGCAUGCUAAUCUCGAGCAUAAAGGCAUUCAGAAACAAAUUAGUUUUGGAAUUCAUCUUAAAAUACACAGCAGAGAGGGAAGGUUUUUAGGGCAAGGGAGGCUGAUAAAUGAGUAAAGUGCUUGCUGUGUAUGCAUGAGGAUCUGAGUCUCACAACCAGAGGCCACAUAAGCCUGAGCUUGGUGGUGUACACAUUCUAUCUCACUGUUCUUCCAGUGAGCGACACGGUAGACAGGAAAGAACCCACAAUUUUUUGAGCUAGCUGGUCUGCUGUACACAGCAGCAAAUGAGAUCCUGUCUCAAAAACAGUGAGCGGCAAAGAUCAAAUAACAAGGUUGCCCUCUGACAACCUUGUGGUUUACAUGGAGACACCCACCCCAUGUCAGUCAGUCUCCCUCUUACUCCUGAAUUUUUGCAAACAUGUACACACAGAAAUUUGUUAAAACUUAUUUUUAAAAUAAUACUUUUGGAAUAAAAACUUUUUGAAGAGUUAUACUAACCUUACUCAUAAAAUUAAAAAUUUCUAUUUAUUAGAGAAUUAUUAGGCGAUAGAAAAUUAUGAGAAUAUUCUUAUUUUUCCAGGAUAAAUUAUAAGAAUAAAUUAAUAUAAUAAUAUUUUAAUAUUACCAAGUAUCACCAUUGGAAUAAGCAGAAGUAUAACCUGUAUAUUUUUUCUUUGCUACAACAUUAAAGAUGAAUUAUUAGUACCUAGUAUUAUAUAGCAUAUGUUGUUUUCUUUAUUCCUUAUGUUGCAUUUUUAUAUUUAAGCCCCCCAUGACCAAAAGUUAAACAGUUCUGAGAUUAAGAAAAAGUCUACAGAAAUAAGGCCAAGCAAAUCUCAGUAAGAGUUGCAAACAGCUCACUCCAGCUCCUGAUGUUUCCAGUCCAUCUCCAUCCCAUCAAUAGCACACAGUCAGAAUUUAAAAUUAGACAGUCUCUUUUUAUUGUUAAAGAAUUGCUGUCUAACCAGUGACUGAAAUAUCUCUCUUAAAACUAACUAGUUGAUAAUUAUAUAAAUAACCAUAGUUAACCCUUCUGGUUUCUACAACCAAACAGUCAACAAACUAAUGAUCAAAAUAGUGGGGAAAAAAAAUCCAUUUGUAUAUAACAAGCAUUUUCAGGGUGUUUCCAUCCCAUAUGCUGUACAGUACAACCACCAUUUACAUUUUUCUACUUAUUAUGAGUAAGCUAAGGGGAUUUAUAUUGUACCUGAGGGUCAUUCUAGGGCACUCCACUAUUUUUAAAGAACCUGAGCAUUUUCAGCCACUUAUAUCUUUAGGUCCAGGAGCCAAUGCCACACAGGUACUACCACAUGGCUGUGUUCAUAAUUAUUGCUAAUGAUUGUUAGAGGAAUGCCUUCAGAGCCAACCCCCUCCCAACCCCAGCUGUUUUUAUGGCUACCUUUGUUGUCUGACUGACACAGCUGGAAUUGCAAUGAUCACAAGUAAAUUUGAUUAAAUGAUCCAGUUCUUACUUUUAAACAUAUGAUCAUUUGAAUUCAGUAAACUUAAAAAGGUAUAAUAUAUGAUGUACAUGAAUUAUUAUCAGUUUUUAUAUAAGCUGUUUGUUUUGUGUAUUAACCUAUCUAAUUGUUUAGACUGUAGAGAAGAACCAGAUCCUUAUAUUUCCUUUUAAAUAAUAGUUGGGAAAGACUGCCCUUAUUAAUAUUUAACUAAGUUGUAUAUUAACUUGCUUAUUUUAUUUAUGUCUGUAAUUUGGAAAAUGAUUUAUUUUGCUAUCUGGUGUUAAUUUUG